AUGGCAGGAGACGUGCAGGCUUCCGGGCCGCCCGCCGACCUGGCGCCGAGCGUCGCCGAGGCCGCGCUGAGCCCAGCUGCUGCGGUCUGCGCCCUGUGCUUGGCGGCGCACGUGCAGGCGUGGUUCCACGUUUCGGACAUACCGUACUGGUCGCAGUCCUGUAUGUUCGUGGCCGCAUGGGCACUCAUCUUCCACAUGCUGGCCGCGGUCGCUGCAAACGCAUGCACCAGCAAGGCUGUGGAGAUCGACGAAUUUGCAUCUAUCGUGCGAAGCUCCAACGCGUACGUCCAAGGCGUGUGCUUCGUCGCGUCGCUGGUGUUGCACGGCGCCUGCGCCGCGGUCUGCGCGGGCAUCGUGGCGCUCGCGUGGCGCCGCUCUCCCAAGGGCGCCCCGCCCGCCGUCGUCUGCUCCGCGGGGCUCACCGUCCACUUUUUCGCCGUGAGGCUCGCGCUCGUGGCCGGCUGGCGCACGCUGGACAGGCGCGCGUCGAGGCUGCUCCAGGCGCUGAGGCUCGCCGCCAGCACCGUCUUCCUGGCGCCCGUGCUGAGCGUCCUCUUCCUCGGGGACCGCAUCCGCGCGAUCCAGCUCGGCCGCCCCAGCGGGAACCCGCAGCCGUGGGCGCAGGCGGCCUUCUUCGUGUGCAGUUUCGCGCUGGUCGCGCAGACGCUGCUUGCGAUCGUCGUGCCGAUGAUUCCCGGGGGCGACGCCCGGCUCGGCACGAAGCUGUCUGGCGGCGACGUGGAGGUCACCUUUGUCCACCUGGAGCACCAGCCCGCGGCGCGGCUUGGCUUCGCGCUGCUGCGCUGCCUGCCGUGCGUUUUGCUGGGCGUGGGCGUGCCCGCGGUGGUCGUCAGCAUCGUCACGAUGGAGGGCCCUGGCGACACCCCGCGGCCACCGCUGCCGGCCUCGCUGGUGUGCACGAUGUUCCUCGCGGUGCAGUUCUUAUUGAUUCAUAUCCUUGAUCGGCCUCUGGACGGCCCUGGCGGCGCGCGACGCCGUGCGCGGCCCCCGGGGCCCCGCGAGCCGCGGGGCGCGGGGGCUCGUCGGGGUGCUGCUGCCAGCCUGCGCGGCGGCCCGGCCGCUGCCCGUGCUGUGCGCCCUCUUCGUGUCCCUGCGGCUGCGGGCGGAGGAGCUGUCCGGCAGGGGCGGGGAGCCCCAGGCGUGGGCGCAGGCCGCGAUGUGCGCGGCGGCGGCGGCCGCCACGCUGCAGCUGCUCUGCCGCGUCGCUGGGACGGCGACAGCGCUCUCCUCGCGACCAUGGGCGCGGAGGGCGCUGGAGUGGUCGGAGGCUGCCGCUGCCGCAGUGGUGGCCGGCGCGGUGCUCGCCGACGGCGCCGCUCUCUUCCUGAUGGCCCCGGUGGCGGCGGCGGGCGAGCCUUCCCUCAUGAGGCCCGCCUGAGGCGCCAGGUGCCCCCGAGGCUCGAGGAAGCAGGAGACUGCCAGGAAACUGGAUGCAUGGUUCGGGGUCCGCACCGGCAAGCAUCCUGGAUUGUGUUCUUGCGUUUCCACUCCGUCACGCCUCGACGUCUGCGGCGAGAGCGCCGUGUUUUUUCUCUGAUGAGCGGCUAUCAAGUGUCGACGAGAUCUCCAGCGAGGGAGUUUUCGUGUGUCACGGGGCGGGGGCCUGUUGAUCAGGGCUAG